CUGAAUUUGUACCAAAAACACAUUUUCACACAGCAAAACCCCCAGCAAACCCUAGUGUCAUCUUUUUCUCUAUACAUGGUGUAUUUAGGUAUGAAGAGGUGCAGAGAAGGAGAGGGUGACAGCAUAACAACCAUGGCUAGCUGUUUGAUGCUGCUCUCCCGUGGAGCCGAGUUCGAGCCGUUCAUGAACAGUUCUAGUGGCCGUGUCUUCGAGUGCAAAACGUGUAACCGGCAGUUUUCGUCGUUUCAAGCUCUUGGUGGCCACCGAGCGAGUCACAAGAAGCCAAGGACGAUGGAAGGAGGGAUGAACUCACAAGCCCAGUUGUUGAGCUUGCCGGUGAAGCCCAAGACGCACGAGUGCUCGGUAUGCGGGCUCGAGUUCGCCAUAGGACAAGCUUUGGGAGGUCACAUGAGGAGGCACCGAGCUGGCAUGAAUGAGAACCACCAGACACCUCUGUCUUUGUUUCCUACACAAGUACCAGUUGUGAAGAAAUCAAAGAGUAGGAGGGUUUUGUGUUUGGAUUUGAACUUGACUCCGUCCGAGAAUGAUCGUUUCCUUUUUGUCCCAUACAGUUCUUAUUAAAUUUCUUUUUUUCUUUUUUGUUGAAUCUUGUAUGAUAUGUUUUGAUUUAUUGAUUUAUUUAAUUUAUAUACAAUAUGAAGACCAUGAUCAUAUAUACCUUUUAUUCA